GUUUGAUGCUGUUUUUUCAGCAGGGAAGUCAAAUCGUUUUAUGACAAGGGGAAAAGAAAGUUUAAGAAUCUAAUGGAUGCUAACUUUUUCCAACUGGCAAACUUUAUCCCUAUGUUACAUGUGGUAAUCUGUGGUCACCAGUGGAAAUGUGUCAGGACGCAACGUCAAAAACUGCAUCAGCACUUCUAAUAAUUCUAGCAAAUAAUUAGCAUUUACAAUAUCUGUGUACGCCAAUGUUAUGAAUCAGGUCCUGUCCUGCCUUGCUCUGCCUGCCAAGGCGAUUUGGACAAGCCACGCGCUAAAUUGGAGAGUGUCCCCUCCCAUUCAUUCUGCAGUCCACGCGCCGCUAAAACAAUACACAAGGUUUGCAAAAACCGGUUCGCUGAAAACAAGAUAACAGAAGGUGUGCAUUUACAUAUUACCUUUUCAUCCUAUACUCCGCCCGUCUCCCCAUCCUCGUGGCUUGUGUGUGAAGCUGAUGUGUGAGCGAAUAGUUAGCGUUUUCUCAUUCACUCCCACUGGCUCAUCACGUCCGUGUGGCUCUAACCAUUUUCCGAUAUGUUGCCUUUUUCCUCAAAGAAAUAAUGUUUAGGGUCUCUGCUUUUAUGUGGAAAGCAUUUUGUUUCGGCGUCUUUGUUUCUAAAAUGCAAUUGCUGUAGAAUUUGAUUGAUUAUAUUUAUUUUUUUCAUUUUUACUCCAGUGUUUGGGACGCAUGGGCAACAGCUGGUGUUGCCAAACAUCUUAAAAACCUUUAACGGUUUUUUUUUUUAUAAAUAAUUUGGAAUUUUUAUCCAAGUUUAACCACUGGAGCAAGAUUUUGUCUUGAAUGUAAGACGACUCCAUUUCUUCCUGCUUGCUACGAGAGAGUUUCUCGUCUCGACUGGAUUGUGCAUGUUUGUAUUGUUUGCACCGCCAAAUCAAAAGCAUCGCUCUACAGCUCGUGCGCAUCACGGAGAGAUGAGCCGCGUGCACCGAGCUAAUUCACUGUGAAUACCGCCGCUCUACCAGCGAGUUUUUCAGUCCAGCAUCCAGACUCCGUCUUUGAACAAAGUUGCUCGUGAAAUAUCUAUACCAGAGCUACCCAGCACGAUGAACCUCUGUUAACCGCAACAUCUGUCUCUCAGAGCAGAAGUUUAUUGGUUGUGGACACAGAUAACGUUGCACUGCCACCAUGCCUCACAUGCGCCUGCCGUCCGUCCCAUGCCUUUUCUCUCUUCUCAUCCUGAUCUUCUUCUUGGGCCUUACCAAUGUCUCUCAGGCCAGCCCCGAUGUGUCCCACAGCAGUCCAGCAAACUGUUCAGGAGAGGACAGCUGCUCAGAAGGCGUAGUUUUGCCGGUGUGGAACCCCCAAAACCCCUCCGUCGGUGAUAAGGUCGCACGUGCCAUUGUCUACUUUGUGGCCCUCAUCUACAUGUUCCUGGGCAUGUCAAUCAUCGCUGACCGGUUCAUGUCCUCCAUCGAGGUCAUCACGUCUCAAGAGAAGGAGAUAACGAUCAAGAAACCCAACGGUGAAACCACCACAGCGACCGUCCGCAUCUGGAACGAGACCGUGUCCAAUUUGACCCUCAUGGCUUUGGGAUCAUCGGCUCCUGAGAUCUUGUUAUCUGUAAUUGAGGUCUGUGGCCACAAGUUUGAAGCAGGUCACCUUGGUCCAAGCACGAUUGUGGGCAGCGCAGCAUUCAACAUGUUUAUUAUCAUCGCCAUCUGUGUUUACGUGGUUCCUGAUGGUGAGGUGCGAAAGAUCAAGCACCUAAGGGUUUUCUUCGUGACCGCAGCCUGGAGUGUGUUCGCAUACAUCUGGCUGUACUUAAUUCUCUCCGUCUUCUCUCCUGGUGUGGUGGAAGUCUGGGAAGCUGUGCUCACAUUCCUCUUCUUCCCGCUGUGCGUGGUUCAGGCCUGGAUCGCUGACCGUCGCCUGCUCUUUUACAAAUACGUCCACAAGCGCUACCGUGCUGACAAGAAUCGCGGUAUUAUAAUUGAAACGGAGGGUGACGGUAUGUUUACCAAAAUGGAUAUGGAGAUGGAUGGGCAGGGCAUCAAUUCCCACAAGGAGGCUCUUGAUGGCAUGCUAGCUGGAGUAGAGGAAGGAGGAGGUGGUGGUGGAGGAGAGGAAGAGGAGGCCAGGAGGGAAAUGGCCCGUACGCUUAAGGAGCUCAAACAGAGACACCCGGACAAGGACAUGGAGCAGCUGAUUGAGAUGGCUAACUAUCAAGUUUUGGUGCAGCAGCAGAAAAGUCGAGCUUUCUACCGCAUCCAGGCCACACGCAUGAUGAUCGGAGCGGGCAAUAUCUUGAAGAAGCAUGCAGCAGACCAGGCCAGGAAGGUGGUGAGCUGUCAUGAAUCUAAUGCCCAGGAAGAAGACCCUCACACCAUCUACCUUGAGUUUGAGCCCUCGCAUUACCAAUGCUUCGAGAACUGCGGAUCCUUAAAACUUUCAGUCACUCGGCAUGGUGGAGACAGUGGCUGCACUGUUAAGGUUGACUAUCGCACAGAAGACGGUACGGCUAAUGCAGGAUCAGACUACGAGUUUGCCGAGGGCACUCUGGUCUUCAAACCGGGCGAGACCGUGAAGGAGCUGACGGUUGGCGUGAUUGAUGAUGACAUAUUUGAGGAAGACGAGCAUUUCUACGUAAACCUCAGCAAUCCUCGAGUCGUCCAUCGAGCUGAGGUCUCAGUCCUAGACACCAGUGCCGUGUCUCCAGGCAGCAUCGUCAUAGGGUCCAGCCACGUCCCUCCAAAAGCCGCUCUGGGUAAUGCUCACAGCGCCACGGUGACCAUCUACGACGACGACCACGCAGGAAUCUUCACGUUUGAGAACAAUUCGACACGAGUGAGCGAGAGCGUGGGCAUCAUGCAGGUGAAGGUUCACAGAACGUCUGGAGCACGAGGGAAGGUGGCAGUACCGUACCACACUACAGAGGGCACGGCCAAGGCUGGAGAAGACUAUGAAGAGGUGGCUGGCAAACUGGAGUUCCUCAAUGAUGAGACCAUGAAGAUCCUGGAAGUGCAGAUCAUAGACGAUGAGGAAUACGAGAAGAAUAAAACCUUCACCAUCCACCUGGGAGAGCCGAUACUGCUGGAGAUAGGACAGAAACACGGAGACUCGAACGAUAACAAGCCAGCUGUGGGGGCUGAGGAAGAAGAAGUGGCCAAGAUGGGCUGCCCGAGUCUAGGAGAGCACACCAAGCUUGAGGUGGUCAUAGAGGAAUCCUAUGAAUUCAAGAAUACUGUCGACAAACUAAUAAAGAAGACUAACUUGGCGCUGGUGGUGGGCAGCAGUAGCUGGAGAGAGCAAUUUGUAAGCGCUGUUACUGUCAGUGCAGGUGAUGAUGAUGAGGAGGAAAGCGGAGAAGAGCGCUUGCCCUCAUGCUUUGAUUACAUCAUGCACUUCCUGACAGUGUUCUGGAAGGUUCUGUUCGCCUUUGUCCCGCCCACCGAAUACUGGAAUGGCUGGGCCUGUUUUAUCGUGUCCAUCACACUUAUCGGUGUGCUGACUGCCGUCACUGGAGAUUUGGCAUCUCACUUUGGUUGUACAGUCGGCCUGAAGGACACCGUCACAGCCGUGGUGUUUGUGGCCUUGGGUACCUCUGUGCCCGACACCUUUGCCAGUAAGGUGGCAGCCAUCCAGGACCAAUACGCUGAUGCAUCUAUCGGAAACGUGACGGGUAGUAACGCAGUAAACGUCUUCCUUGGAAUCGGAGUGGCGUGGACCAUCGCCGCCGUGUACUGGCACAGUCAGGGGAAAAAAUUCGAGGUCCCGCCCGGCUCGCUGGCUUUCUCCGUCACCCUCUUCACAAUCCUGGCAUUGCUGUGCGUCGUCAUACUUCUGUACCGCCGUCGGCCCACCGUCUCUGGGGGAGAGCUGGGGGGCCCUCGAACCGCCAAGCUGCUCACUGUGUUCCUGUUCAUCUCGCUCUGGCUCUUCUACAUCCUGCUGGCCUCUCUCGAGGCGUAUUGCUACGUGCCUGGCUUCUAACAACAAGAAACUUCUCACCGUAUACAUCCACUAAUAUUUUCAUCAUUGUGUAUAUGAGACGUCUAAAUGGAGUGUUUACGUUGUAAAUUAUUGUUGUACAAAUUGAACUCUCAUCCUUUCACCAACACCGGUGUGGAUAUUUGGAUGGGGGAUGAUGGAGUAUCUUACUUAGUAUCUUCACUGUCAGCACCUGGAUAUUGAGACACAGCGACACUUAUCCAGGAUAGUCUCCCGAGAGCCCCUUCAGCAUUAGACUUGUUUCUUUCAAGGACGGCGCUUUAGUUUCACUUCGAGAUUCUCUCAGAAAUCCCUACUCUGUCAUUUCUCCCGGGCACUUUCAAUAAACUCAUUCCCACUGCAGAUAUCUGGGCAUGCUUCACACCUCCACCUUCCCCGAAGACAAACAUUGCUCUUUUCUUGCCUGUUACUUUUGGUUCACUGUAGACCUUCAUAUCUCACUAAUGAAGUUUUUUAUAAAUUAAAUUUCAGAUCAAGUUGUCUAGGGAGGUCCGAAUUCCCAGCCUAUACCACCCUUUUCCACUAUUGUCCCACCCACAUACACUACAGGUAUGUUGCCCACCUCAAAACUAUACGCAUCUUAUUUUCAAAGUUGUACCUACAGCACACCUUCUUGAUCAGUGGUCCUGCCCUUCAUAGAUCAAAUAUUUAGUAUUCACUUCUAAUCUUUUUUUUUAAUGUCAAGUGCUUGUGUUGUAGAUCUCAUUUAAAAAUGCUCUUCUGAAUUUUUAUUUUAUAGGGAGAACAAAAAGUUUUUAAUUUUCUCAUUUUAAAGCUAAUGAAAACACAAGAAAUGCAUAUUUUGCAUGGCACAAUAUUAGUAAUAGAAGUUGAAUGGUGACCAAAAGAAAUAGUUUAUCGAUGACAGUGUCAUACGAACCAAUCAGUGUUAAUUCAUGUGAUAUUUAUUGAUAUUUAUUAUGAUCAACUAUGUAUUACGUGGAGAAAUAUUGUAUGACUGUUUGUGUGUCAUAUGCCAGUCGUGCACAUGAAUGUGUCUUAAUGAAUGAGAGCGUGCUGUACUCAAGCACAGUGAAUUUUCUGUCCGCCACUGCCAUAGUCGGGAGUUUCAAUCUCCUGUUUUGUUCAGUCCUGUGAGCUUCUAGGACUUUCUUUGACGUUCACGUUUCUAUUGAAUCAUGUGGCUGUGUGGGAACUCAACAAGGAUGCCUUGAUAUCAAAGUCAUUAGGCCAUAAGCUACUGUAGAUGUGUCAAUGAGUUUACAAUGUUUUCUAGAUGUUUUCACUUGACUAAAACAAGGGUAUUAUAGAGUAAAAAAGGCAGUGAAAAAUUGUAAAUAAUUGUUUUGUUUAUUACACCGUGUUUUUUUUACGUGUGAAAUGUUAGACCCUCAACAUCAGCACAUUAAUCCAGAGCUUCAUCUAUUUAUUGGGGUCAUUAUUUCUCCUAAUUUUGCCCUUUAUGCGCAUGCCUAAUGUAUAGUGUAUAGUAAAACUUCUGUUCAAUUUUAGUUUGCUCUCUCUAAUCAUUUUCUUUUUAUAUGUUCUUUCACUGUCCAAAAAAAAUGUUGUCAAAUCAACAAAUACACUCACCUAAAGUAUUACUAGGAACACCUGUUCAAUUUCUCAUUAAUGCAAUUAUCUGAUCAACCAAUCACAUGGCAGUUGCUUCAAUGCAUUUAGGGGUGUGGUCCUGGUCAAGACAAUCUCCUGAACUCCAAACUGAUGUUAGAAUGGGAAAGAAAGGUGAUUUAAGCAAUUUUGAGCGUGGCAUGGUUGUUGGUGAGUAUUUCACAAUCUGCUCAGUUACUGGGAUUUUCACGCAAAACCAUUUUUAGGGUUUACAAAGAAUGGUGUGAAAAGAGAAAAACAUCCAGUAUGCGGCAGUCCUGUGUCCGAAAAUGCCUUGUUGAUGCUAGAGGUCAGAGGAGAAUGGGCCAACUGGUUAGCCUAUAGAAAAGCAACUUUGACUGAAAUAACCACUUGUUGUAACCAAGGUAUGCAGCAAAGCAUUUGUGAAGCUUCAACACGCACCAUUUUGAGGCGGAUGGGCUACAACAGCAGAAGACCCUACAAGGUGCCACUCAUCUCCACUACAAAUAGGAAAAAGAAGUUACAAUUUGCACAAGCUCACCAAAAUUGGACUGUUGAAGACUGGAAACAUUGAGACAUUCAGAUGGUAGAGUCAGAAUUUGGCGUAAACAGAAUCAAUCAUAAACACGGACAGAAAAUGGAUCCAUCAUGCCCCUGUUACCACUGUGCAGGCUGCUGGUGGUGGUGUAAUGGUGUGGGGGAUGUUUUCUUGCCACACAUUAGGCCCCUUAGUGCCAAUUGGGCAUCAUUUAAAUGCCACGGCCUACCUGAGCAUUGUUUCUGACCGUGUCCAUUCCUUUAUGACCACCAUGUACCCAUCCUCUGAUGGCUACUUCUAGCAGGAUAAUGCACCGUGUCACAGAGCUCGAAUCAUUUCAAAUUGGUUUCUUGAACAUGACAAUGAGUUCGCUGUACUAACAUGGCCCCCACAGUCACCAGAUCUCAACCCAAUAGAGCAUCUUUGGGAUGUGGUGGAACAGGAGCUUCAUGCCCUUCAUCCCACAAAUCUCCAUCAACUGCAAGAUGCUAUCCUAUCAAUAUGGGCCAACAUUUCUAAAGAAUGCUUUCCUUGUUGAAUCAAUGCCACGUUAAGGCAGUUCUGAAGGCGAAAGGGGGUCCAAUACAAUAUUGUAUGGUGUUCCUAAUAAUCCUUUAGGUGAGUGUAUUUUGGUGUUACUUUGUUUCAACUUGUUUUCAUAAGUUACAGUCAAACGUUAAAUAGUAGGUUGAUUUUACUUGCAAAACCAAGUUGUUUUACCUUUAUUCUACAUUUUAUUUUACAGUGUUGAUCCUUUUUCAGCCAACUAAACUAGUUUAGCGAAGUUCAUUUUUUCUCAUCUCUCUUUCUAUUAUUUGCCUCUCUUUGCAAAAUGAUACAAUAGUUUUAGUUUGUAGAUAAUUGUUUACAAGAGUGUCCCAGUUAUCAGCCAUCUGCUUGGUACAACCUGGGACAUAUGCUACAGGAAGUGAUAGGAUAUAGCUGUAGGAUAAUUUUGUAAUUUUGCUGUUGUUCACUAUUAGGGCUCCCAGCACAUCAGUACUUAAAACUUUUAAAUGCACUCACAUUAAAAAGCAUAAUAAAAUUAAAGGAACACCACAAGCUGUAGGUGGCCAACGGCUUAAUACGUCACUGUUUAGCUACCUGCUAAAAAAUUGUAAAGGAGAAAAUGUCCUUCAAAAGUCACAGGGACCCUCCAUUUAAAUAAAUAAUAAAAUAUCAACAAAUCCACAGGCAGCCAUCUACACUCUUAAAAAUAAGUUGUUAGACUGUAUGGUUGCACAAAUGGCUAUAAAAAUGUUUCUGCUAUGGCAUCGGUGCGUGAACCCUUUUAAGACCUUUAUUUUAAGAGUGUAUCGAAGUUUUCCACUCUUUUCCUUCGGAUCACAUCUUCAGAUCCGGUGUUAUGUUAAAGUGGGUGGAUCAGAUGUACAUGCGGUCCACAUUUGUACUGGCAUAUGUGUAUUUAUACAUUCAGACUUUUCAAUGAUACAAGAUUGAAAAAGCACAGAGCGAUGUAUUUUUAGUUCUUGUUGUUGCUAGGCGACGUUCAACGAGUCAUUGUCUUUCUGUCAUUAUGUUGUCUGGUGUCAGUGCGGUAGGGUGGGUGGAAGGAAGGGGGGCUGCUGGUUUGUAAUUACUUUAUAAGGUCACUUUCUCCUUGUAUCUGAUCGUACAUGGUUGUUGAACUUGAAGGUCCACCUUUGAUUAGAGCAUAAACUCUAAUAUUUAAAUUAUCCUAAAAGUUUUCAAUUGUAAAAUUGUUGCAAUAUAACAGAACUUUUGAUAUUGUAAUAGCUGAGAAUUAUGGUCGCUUUAUUUAAUGAUCAAAACACAGUGGAUAACCUUAAAGAUGAAGGAAAAUACCAUGUGAAACUUGUACAUCCCACUCUAAGAGCUCUUGUUUAAUGGAGACUGAAGGACCAUCCCAUGUGGGCCUAUGGCCUAAAGCAGUGUUAUCCAACUUAAUGAUUUAUGAUCAAAUAACAGUAGAUACACACUAAGAGACCAUAUCCACAUAGCAGAUUUGAAAGGGACAGUUCACCAAAAAAUGUAAAAUGUGAUCUUUAUUUACAGUAUGCCAUUUAGUAUGCAGUUUUUAUGAAGCUUAGUGGUAGUGCAUGGGCAGCGCAAAAGGUUGUGGGUUUGAACUCAUGGAUCACACAUACAGUAAUGAUAAAAUCUAUACCUUGUAAUAAGUCACUUUGGAUAAAAGUGUCUGCCAAAUGCAUAAAUGUAAAGAUUUAAUGAAAGUCUUUCCAUAACAAUUGUUCACAGUGACAAGGGGCUGCUAAGAUCCAAAAGGACAAAAACACUAAACGUAGACAGCAUGAAUUGACAAUACGACAAUAUGGCUGUAUGUAUGGCAAAGAUAGGUUUGUGUAAGGAACAGACCAUAAAUGAUUGUGACCCUUUCUGUAAAAUCCAGGCUAAAAUCUUAUAAUCUUAUUAGCAUCAAAGUUUAAUUUCAAUCCUUGAUUUCAAUCUUUGACAUGACUUUACUCAGUCAAUAUUAAAUAUAUCAAAAUAUCAAGGUUAUAUUUUCACACAGUGUGAAUGACAUGUUGGCAUUUUACAAGUUGGCUAAUUUGUAUGAAUUUGUACGAAGUUAAUUGUGCAAAAAACUUUUGAUUCUCAUUUUAAAAAACUAUAAGACCAUAAAAACCAUCCCCCUAUCCCACCACUAACACCAUCACCAAUUGGGUACAAAAAUGUACGAAUGUGGUUGUACUAAAUUAGCCACUUCAUAAAAUACGUACGAAUUGCCAUGAGAUAGUAUUGAGUUUGCAUGUUCUCCCUGUGUCAGUGUGGGUUUACUCUUGGUAUUCUGCUUUCCUCCCACAGUCUAAAAACAUGCAGGUUAUGUGAAUUUGAGAUUCCCUCAAUGUGUUCAUGAAAAUAGCCGAUGCUGGAAUGUUAAGAAAUAAAUACAUUUGCACAGAGAAGCAAAUCAUAAGCACAAGGAAUUUUCAGUGCAAACAGAAAAGUACCUUAAUACCUCUAUCAGCUGAAAUGCAUUUCACUUUUACAUGUGCAGAUGAAUCAAUAUUAUUUGCAAUAGUUGACGAUGAAUAAGCACAAAGCAGUUUAAAGGUUUCACAUACGACUUCUCUCACAUCGACCCAAAAAAUUAAUUCUCUUGAAUAGCAUGCUUGUUCCAUUACUGAAUGUUUGAUUCGUUGCGUCACUCGUCGCGUGAGAGUCCCGGUCUCGUGAUACAAUCUUAAAGCAUGUAUUUUUUAUGUGCGUGCAUUUCUCUUGAAUCACAACACUGAAUUUACAAAAGAAACUAAUUGUGUUUGGUUUUGUAUGUAUAGCUAUUUGAUAAAUUACUGUUUAAAAAAUCUUUUUUUUUUUUAAGCCAAGUGUUCUUUAUCGAGUUAUUUGACACUAUUACUUUCUUCUUGUCAAUCUAUUCUGUACUGGGACAACUUUAUAUUUUGGUAAAAAAACUGACGUGCUACAUAGAGCAUUUAUGAUCACAACAACAAAAGUGUCAAUGUUCUGUAAAUGUUAUAUUUAGAAGUGUGUGUGGGUGAAGGGGUGUGAUUUUCUGUAUGUGAAAUGAAAUCUGUAAUGUAAACGGGAACAUUUGCCAAAAGAUAAAGAAUGAUUGUAUGUUUGUAAUGUCUGUUUUUUAUUUCAUUUAUUAUUGAGUACAUUAAAGUUGGAAUUGUAUA